CUCCCGGCCGCCCCUCUGCGCAUGGGUGGCGGUCACGUGCCCCGAACGUCCGGCGUUAGCCCCGCCCCCCCAGUUUCCGCGCGCCUCUUUGGCAGCUGGUCACAUGGUGAGGGUGGGGGUGAGGGGGCCUCUCUAGCCUGCGGCCUGUGUCUAUGGUCGGACCCGUAGCGUCCAGCUGCACGGGACCGAGGCUGGGUGUAUGGCGCCGCCCGAACCGGCUCCGGGGCCCCGAUAACAGCCCGCCCCCGCAGCUCCCGGUCUGGUGUGAGGGUUUCCCCUGAUCUGAGAAUGGCUACCUCUCGAUAUGAGCCAGUGGCUGAAAUUGGCGUCGGUGCCUAUGGGACGGUAUACAAGGCCCGUGAUCCCCACAGUGGCCACUUUGUGGCCCUCAAGAGUGUGCGAGUCCCCAAUGGAGGAGGAGCUGGAGGGGGCCUUCCCAUCAGCACAGUUCGUGAAGUGGCCUUGCUGAGGCGGCUGGAGGCUUUUGAGCAUCCCAAUGUUGUCAGGCUGAUGGAUGUCUGUGCCACGUCCCGAACUGACCGGGAGAUUAAGGUGACCCUGGUAUUUGAGCAUGUGGACCAAGACCUAAGGACAUAUCUGGACAAGGCACCCCCACCAGGAUUGCCAGUGGAGACCAUCAAGGAUCUGAUGCGCCAGUUUCUAAGAGGCCUAGAUUUCCUUCAUGCCAACUGCAUCGUUCAUCGGGACCUGAAGCCAGAGAACAUUCUGGUGACAAGUGGUGGGACAGUCAAGCUGGCUGACUUUGGCCUGGCCAGAAUCUACAGCUACCAGAUGGCACUCACACCCGUGGUUGUUACACUCUGGUACCGAGCUCCUGAAGUUCUUCUGCAGUCUACAUAUGCAACACCUGUGGACAUGUGGAGCGUUGGCUGUAUCUUUGCAGAGAUGUUUCGUCGAAAGCCUCUCUUCUGUGGAAACUCUGAAGCAGACCAGUUGGGCAAAAUCUUUGACCUGAUUGGGCUGCCUCAAGAGGAUGAGUGGCCCCGAGAUGUCUCUCUACCCCGAGGGGCCUUUCUCCCCCGAGGGCCCCGCCCAGUGCAGUCGGUGGUGCCCGAGAUGGAGGAGUCUGGAGCACAGCUGCUGCUGGAAAUGCUGACUUUUAACCCACACAAGAGAAUCUCUGCCUUCCGAGCCCUGCAGCACUCUUAUCUACAUAAGGAAGAAAGUAACCCGGAAUGAGCAACGGGUGGCUGCCACAGAAGGAAGAGAAGCAGCUGUUUCCCUUCUGGACGCUUGAGUGGAGAGAAGCCCACUGAGAAGGCGAUCUCUGCCUUUAUUUUUGAGGGUGUGGAGCUUCCUCCAACUUUUUACAGAGAAUAUUUUGCUGCCUUAAUGAUAUUCCCUUCCCACCCCCCUCCUUUUGAGGGUUAUCCUUCUCCUGCCCCCUAUUUCUCUACACUAAGGGGUAUGUCCCCUCUUAUCCCUUUCCUUACCUUGAUAUUGGGGUCUUUUUUUAUACAGGAAAAAAAAAAAAAAAGAAACAAGACAAAGAGA